AUGAGGUACGCCGAGUCAAGGACACCACUCGAAUGUCCGUUGCAACUGACAUGGAAACUAAACAGACAACACUCAGCGCAUCACAACAAUACCAAAACACAACAUCUUCGACAUAACGACGACGACGACGACGUCGACGACGAUGACAACGAUGAUGAUGAUGACGAAGACGAAGGUGAGAUGAUCAUCAUUCAUGCGGAACAGAUUCGUCUAACACAAUCCUAA